AUGUCGCUGAAAUACUGGCAGGUCUCCGGGCAGCUGGAGGGGGCGUCCCAGAGGCACACGGCGGAGAGCGGUGCCCUGGCCCAGCAGCUGGGCAGCCAGGAGGAGAACCUGACCCAGACCCUGCGGCUGCUGUCCCGGGCCCAGACCGAGCUGAGCACCACCAGGCUGGCCCUCUGGCAGAGUCGGGAGGACAGGAACCGCACUCAGCGGCAGCUGGAGGAAGAGAGGAAGCAGUGGAGGCUGGCCAAGAGCCGCCUGCAGGAGGAGAAGGCCAAGGCGACCCGGGAGCUGGCGGAGGCCAAAUCCUGCCAGCAGAUGGGCUGCUGCCCCCCCGGCUGGGCCCUCUUCCGGUGGAAGUGCUUGCGGGUGUCAAGUGAGUGGGAGACUUGGGAAGGGAGCAGGCGGGACUGUGGAGAGCAAGAGGCUCAGCUGCUGAUUCUGAAGCCCUGGGACGCCGGCACCUUCUGGCGCGACGCAGUGAUGAAGUGCUGGGCACUGAGGGCUCCUCGGGAGAGGGGGCACACACUCACACCUGGAGCCUGA